GAUUAUUCUGAAGAUGAGGAGAAGGUGAAGGAACCCAGGGUAAGAGAGACCCCAGAAGAUAUCACCUUUGAUGCUAUUGUAAAUUCAAUAGCUUUUCACCCAGCGCGGGAUGUCAUCGCAGCUGGGGAUGUGGAUGGAGAUGUAUAUGUAAUCUCCUAUUCAUGUGAAGUAUCUGGAACUGAGGAGCUGUGGUCAUCAGGACACCACUUGAAAUCCUGUCGCCAGCUGGAAUUUACCCAGAAUGGGCAAGAGCUUUUCACAGUUUCCAAAGAUAAAUCAAUUCACAUUCUUGAUGUUGAAAGAGGCAAAUUGGUUACAAAGAUUCCAAAAGCUCACAGUGCUGCCAUUAAUAGCUUGAAGCUGAUUGAUGAAAACCUCUUUGCCACGGGUGAUGACAAUGGUUUGUUGAAAGUGUGGGACUUACGGAAGGGAACCUCAUUUAUGGAGAUGAAAAACCAUGACGACUACAUCAGUGACAUCACGAUCGACCAGAACAAGAAGAUCCUGCUCACGACCAGUGGUGAUGGUACAAUGUGUGUUUUUAACAUCAAGAGGCGUCGUUUUGACCUGCAGUCAGAAUUUCAGGAUGGUGACCUCACAUCAUUGGCUAUAAUGAAGCGAGGCAGUAAGGUGGUCUGCAGCUCAACUGAGGGAAUGAUCUACCUCUUCAACUGGGAUGGGUUUGGAGCCACCAGUGAUCGAUUCUUGGUGCCAGGAGAAUCUAUUGACUGUAUUGUUCCCAUCAGUGACACCAUUCUGUGCACAGCCUCAAUGGAUGGAGUCAUCAGGUGA